AAAAAAUAUAAACACUACUAACACCAUAACAUAUACAAAAUGUUCAGAGGAAACAAAUUACUGCGAAACAUCAAGAAAUCCCAAAUGAUGGGUCUUACUCAACAACAACAAAGAAACAAGAUCAUUGGUAUUGACUUGGGUACUACUAACAGUUGUGUUGCUGUUAUGGAAUCUAACAAGUCUGCUCGUGUUAUUGAAAACGAUAUUGGUGCUAGAACCACUCCAUCAGUUGUUGCUUUCGAUAAAGAUGGUAACUUGCUUGUAGGUGCUUUGGCUAAGAGACAAGCUGUUACAAACCCAAAGAAUACACUCACUGCUAUUAAGAGAUUGAUUGGUCGUCGUUUCGAUGAUCCAAUGACUAAACGUGAUAUGGAAAUUGUCCCAUACGAUAUUAUUCGUGGACCAAAUGGAGAUGCUUGGGUUAGAGCUGGUGGAAAGGAUUUGUCACCAUCCCAAGUUGGUGCUUUUAUUUUGCAAAAGAUGAAGGAAACUGCUGAACAAUAUUUAGGUGAAAAGAUUACUCAAGCCAUCAUUACUGUUCCAGCUUACUUUAACGAUUCUCAAAGACAAGCUACCAAGGAUGCUGGUCAAAUUUCCGGACUUACUGUUGAAAGAAUUAUCAACGAACCAACUGCUGCUGCUCUUGCUUAUGGUUUGGAUUCAUCAAAGCACGGUAUCAUUGCUGUCUACGAUUUGGGUGGUGGUACUUUCGACGUUUCUAUUCUUGAAAUUCAAGAUGGUGUCUUUGAAGUUAAGGCUACCAAUGGUGAUACUUUCUUGGGUGGUGAAGAUUUCGAUCACAAGAUUGUUGAAUGGAUUAUUGCUGAUUUCAAGGCAAAGGAAGGUGUUGAUUUGUCAAAGGAUCCAAUGUCUCUCCAACGUGUCAGAGAAGCUGCUGAAAAGGCUAAGAUUGAAUUGUCAUCUGCUCAAUCAUCUGAAAUUAACUUGCCUUUCAUCUGUGCUGAUGCUUCCGGACCAAAGAACUUGCUCAUGGAUUUGACUAGAUCUAAAUUCGAACAAAUGUGUGCUGAUUUGAUUAAUCGUACUAUUGAACCAUGUAAGAAGUGUUUGAAGGAUGCUGGUAUUACUUUGAAGGAUAUCAAUGAAGUCGUUCUUGUCGGUGGUAUGACUCGUAUGCCUCGUGUUCAAACUUUGGUUUCUGAAUUCUUCGGAAGAAAGCCAUCAAAGAAUGUUAACCCUGAUGAAGUUGUUGCUCUUGGUGCUGCUAUUCAAGGUGGUGUUUUGAGAGGUGAUGUUGAUGGUAUUGUCUUGCUCGAUGUUACUCCAUUGUCUUUGGGUAUUGAAACUUUGGGUGGUGUUUUCAGUAGAAUGAUUAAUCGUAAUACUACUAUUCCAACCAAGAAGUCUCAAAUCUUCUCCACUGCUGCUGAUAACCAAACUCAAGUUGGUAUUAAGAUCUUCCAAGGUGAAAGAGAAAUUGCUGCUUAUAACAAAUUGUUAGGUCAAUUCGAUUUGGUUGGUGUUCCACCAGCUCCAAGAGGUGUUCCACAAAUUGAAGUUACUUUCGAUAUUGAUGCUAACGGUAUUUUGAACGUCAGUGCUGUUGAUAAGGCUUCAGGAAAGGAACAACAAAUUACUAUUCAAUCAUCUGGUGGUUUGACUGAUGCUGACAUCAAGAGAAUGCAAGAUGAAGCUGAAAAGUUCGCUGAAGAAGAUGCUAAGAGAAAGAGUUUGAUUGAUGCUAAGAAUGAAGCUGAUACUACUGUUCACUUGGCUGAACAACACAUCAAGGAUUUGGGUUCAAAGCUCGCUGCUGAUUUGAAGACUAAGGCUGAAAAUGAAGUUAGAGCUGUUCGUGAAGCUAUGCAAGCUGAUAACUUGGAUCAACUCAAGACUUCUUUGGAUGCUUUGAAGCAAACUCAAGCUAAGUUGGCUGAACAACACUACAAGGAACAAGCCAAUUCUAGACAAACUCAACAACAACCAAACACUCAAUCACCAAACGAUGCUGAAUUCAAGGAAAAGUAAAAAAUGUAAAAAAUAAAUAAAAAAAAAUAUUUCU